AUGGUCGCCCCUAGAGUCUGGCUUAUUACUGGUGUGUCGUCAGGUUUUGGCAUCGAGCUGGCUCGAAUUGCUGCCCGCCGUGGGGAUCACGUCCUCGCCGCUUCUAGAAACCCCGAAAAGCUCGCAUUCCGAGAGUGCGAGGACAAUAUCACAUUUGUCCGCCUCAACCACAAUGAACCUCUGCCACAGAUCAAGGCUGCAGUCCAAGAGAUCUUGGAGGUCCAUGGUACUAUUGAUUUCGUCGUGAAUAACGCUGCGUACGUUCAGACCGGUAUGCUGGAAGAGACAACCCCGGAAGAGUCCUUGCAGGAGUUCCAGGCGAACACUCUGGGCCCACUCAACCUAUACAGAGCCCUUCUACCACACCUGCGCGAGAAAGGUUCCGGUACCUUGGUAACCAUCGGAUCGAUGGCAGCCUGGUAUCCCAUGCCAGGCUGCAAUCUGUACAACGCCUCCAAAGCUGCGCUACGCUGGUUGGGUAUGGGGCUUGCAGGCGAGGUGUCUCAGUUUGGGAUUCGCCACUGUCUGGUGGAGCCUGGAUUCUUCCGGACAGAAUUGCUCAACCCGUCUGCUAACAUCGCUAAAACUGAUAACACCUCCCGUCUGCCUGCUUAUGCGGAGCUGAAUGCCAUUACUGAUGCCAACUUUGCUGCCUUCCAUGGCACGCAACUGGGCAACCAUGUCAAGGGUGCUGAGGUCAUCUACGACGUUGUCACCUCCUCUGGUGUGGCAGCCGGCAGGGAGUUGCCUCCAUUCCUGCCUUUGGGAAGUGAUGCCAGCGAGGAAAUUGCUAAAUCAGCAUCCCAAACGAUCACGGCAGUGGAGGAAUGGCGACAGAUCAGCGCCUUGAGUGACUUCCCAAAGGGACAGUGA